UCCCACCCGGGAGCUGGCGGUAGCGCGCAGGCUUCCCGAGAAGGGAAGGUGGGUGGUAGCGCCCGGGAUGGGGGCGGCUGCGACGGUCACUUGAGCCUCUUUCCACCCCCGCCGCGAAUGGAGUCUUCCUCCCGCAGGUGUAGCGCUGUGGGGAGCCGGGCGGCCCGCUGAGACGUGCCCACCCGGGAGCGGGGCCGCUGGUCCCCCGAGAGCUCCCAAUGCCCAAGGAAAAGCAGGGAAUAGAUAUCAAGAAGGAAUCCUAAUGUACCCAUGUGGUGAUGCACUAUUUUGGACCCAGAAAACUAUCUUUUAUGAGGGCUACAAAGAAAUUGGCCCAUCUGUGAAUACCAGGUUCAGAGGCUGUAGCCAUGAAUAAUAAAGGCUUUCGACGAGGGAGUUUCCAGAGCAGCACAAGUGAUGAAGACAUGGUGGAGAUAGCAGGAAGAGCUCUGGAUUUCUCCAUCACAGAUGAUGAUCCCCCGCUGGAUAGAGAGAUGUUGGGAGGGUUCUCCUUAUACAAUGGAGGAGGGAUGAAUGGCACAAGCCAGAUGAUGGAUUUUCUGGAGGAACCUCUGCCUGGUGUGGGUACCUAUGAAGAUUUCAAUACUAUAGACUGGGUGAGAGAAAAGUCCAGAGACCGGGACAGGCACAGAGAGAUUGCUAGUAAAAGUAAAGAGUCAACAUGGGCCCUGAUUCAGAGCGUGAGCGAUGCCUUCUCUGGUUGGCUGUUGAUGCUCCUCAUAGGGCUGUUAGCAGGUUCUCUAGCUGGUCUGAUAGACAUCUCUGCCCACUGGAUGACAGAUUUGAAAGAAGGGCUGUGUCUGUCAGGCUUCUGGUUUAACCAUGAACACUGCUGCUGGAACUCCAAUGAGACAACUUUUGAGGAUAGGGAUAAGUGCCCAGAGUGGGAGAGCUGGUCACAACUUAUAAUUGGCCAUGGAGAGGGAGCAUUUGCGUACAUUCUCAAUUACUUCAUGUAUGUUCUCUGGGCCCUGGUAUUCUCUCUCCUUGCAGUGUUGCUGGUCAGGGGAUUUGCACCUUAUGCUUGUGGCUCCGGAAUCCCAGAGAUCAAAACGAUCUUGAGUGGUUUCAUCAUUAGAGGCUAUUUGGGCAAGUGGACCCUGAUAAUCAAAACUGUUACCUUGGUGUUGGCAGUAUCGUCUGGCUUGAGUUUGGGGAAAGAGGGCCCCUUGGUGCAUGUAGCUUGCUGUUGUGGAAACAUCCUGUGUCACCUUUUCACCAAAUACAGAAAAAAUGAGGCCAAGCGCAGAGAGGUUUUGUCAGCUGCUGCAGCCGCUGGUGUGUCCGUAGCUUUUGGUGCACCAAUUGGAGGGGUAUUGUUUAGUCUGGAAGAGGUGAGUUAUUAUUUUCCCCUCAAGACACUGUGGAGAUCUUUCUUUGCCGCCCUGGUAGCAGCUUUCACCCUGCGCUCCAUCAACCCUUUUGGAAAUAGCCGCCUGGUUCUGUUUUACGUGGAGUUUCACACACCUUGGCAUCUUCUGGAGCUUGUGCCAUUCAUCCUUUUGGGAAUCUUUGGUGGUCUUUGGGGAUCUUUCUUUAUUCGCAGCAACAUUGCCUGGUGCAGAAGACGUAAGACAACCAAGCUUGGCAAGUAUCCUGUGCUGGAGGUGCUUGUUGUGACUGCUGUCACGGCUGUUCUGGCUUUCCCCAAUGAGUAUACCCGUAUGAGCACCAGUGAGCUGAUUUCUGAGCUGUUCAAUGACUGUGGGCUUCUGGAUUUCUCCAAGCUCUGCGAGUACGUGAAUGACUUCAACAGCACCACAGGGGAUGUUCUGCCGGACCGAGCUGCUGGCCCAGGAGUCUACACAGCUAUGUGGCAGCUGGCUUUGGCCCUUAUCCUAAAAGUCUUCAUCACCAUAUUCACUUUUGGCAUGAAGGUCCCUUCGGGUCUCUUCAUUCCCAGCAUGGCAGUUGGUGCCAUAGUAGGCAGACUACUAGGUGUAGGAAUGGAGCAGCUGGCUUAUUAUCACCAUGACUGGACUAUCUUCAGUGGCUGGUGCAGUCAGGGGGCUGAUUGCAUCACUCCUGGCCUUUAUGCAAUGGUUGGUGCUGCAGCAUGUCUAGGUGGAGUAACCCGUAUGACUGUGUCGCUGGUGGUUAUUAUGUUUGAGCUUACUGGUGGACUGGAAUACAUUGUUCCUCUAAUGGCUGCAGCCAUGACUAGCAAGUGGGUGGCAGAUGCGAUUGGACGGGAGGGCAUCUAUGACGCCCAUAUUCGUCUCAAUGGCUACCCCUUCCUAGAAGCCAAGGAGGAGUUCUCGCACAAGACUCUCGCCAUGGAUGUAAUGAGGCCCCGUCGGAAUGACCCUGUUCUGACUGUCAUCACACAGGACAGUAUGACGGUAGAGGAUGUAGAGGCCAUAAUCAAUGAAACCACUUACAGCGGCUAUCCGGUGGUGGUGUCCCGGGAGUCCCAGAGGCUGGUCGGAUUUGUCCUCCGGCGAGAUCUCAUCAUUUCAAUUGGUAAGAGAACCAAGGUGGAAUGCAAUGUGGAUAAAAGCGUUGCAGUCAGAGACCUCUAAAUGUCACCAGUUACAACUUGUUAAAUAGUACUGUAGAUGUAGGCUUCAUUGAACGUUGCCAUUAUGCAAUUCCUGUGAUCAGGUCGUGUAACUUCCAUCACCCCAAGCCUUGGUGCGCAAAGUGCUAUUCAGUGUGUGGGUGUUUGACUAAAUCAAUGUAGCGAGAGCACUGCCAUGGAGAAUAAGGCUUUGGCCCAGCAGCAACUAAAAAUAUUUUAUUUUAUUGGCUGACUUAUUUUUGAAAGACACUUUCUGCACCAAAGCUUCAAUGUGGUUGGAGUAUUGUUGGUUCCGUGCGCUUAAAAACAAAACCUAAGAUGCACUUAAAAGAGUGGGUCAGUGUUUCAUCCACACGUAUCCAAAGCUGCUAACGCUGCCCACCAAGCAGCACUGAAGCAUGACACGCAACUAGCACAUUAGCCUUUCAACCUGUCCCUGGUGGAGUGGAGGUUGAUGGGAACCCCGUGACUUUAAUCCUCCAUCUGCGGGUUUGGCGCACCAUCACAAAUGGCCGUGGGUGUGGAUGAAACACUGACCCACUCUUUUAAGGCAGAGCAAAAACAUUCUCUUGAGCCCUCUAAUGUAGCUUGUAAUGAUGGACCCAGAUCUGUGUGAACCAGCCCUGUUCAUGCCUGUGUUAGUGAGACACUCUGUAGUGCACAAAAAAUGCUUACUGAUUUUGUGCAGGCUGUAUGCAGUACAGACUUCACUCGCUGGCUCUCAGUAUGGGAAUGCUUGCUCUUGAUAUGUAUCUUACUAAAUAUUUCAGCCAUUGACAAUGGGAGGGAAGGAAAUGCAGGAAAGGUACAUUACAGGUUAAUGAUUUCCUUCCUUGGGCCUGACUGCACUGCACUGGGAUACAACAUGGUCUCGUUUAGUCAGGCUUGUGCAGAGAUUUUCCAGUGGAGUAGUUCAUGCUUUCUGAAGAUGCACAAAAAAGAAUUUGUUCCCAGUGGUCUGCCUGAUCUGAUUGAUGAAUGUCUAAGCUGGGCACAAUUCUGAAUUCAGACUUCUAGAAGUCAGGUCAGCUGCUCUCCUUGUUGUUGUAGGCAAUAAUGAUAAUUAAAUGGUAUCCAGACAUUGUGGUAGGUAUGGCUAGUAUCAGAUUAGCCUGUUAUGGUUGGGAGGUGAAGUCUGCUACUCUCAUUAAAGUAAACUUUACAAAGGUGGAGAAGACCUUACCUGAGCCAUGUCUUCAACAACUGGGGCGAAUCUUCUCUCUAAUCAAGUGUACAUAGUGAUCCCUAUCUACUAAGUUGCUAUAAAAUAUUGUUCUCUGCUAAAUAUGAAAGAGACCUGAUCCAGUGGCCAGGUAAGGGCAUUGAACAUGUUGUAUACCCCCGUGUGCAUCAGUUUGCCCAUCUUAAAAAGUUCUUUCUAGAUGGGUAGAUUGAAGGUCCUUUUAUGACUAGUGCUACAUAAAGGCAAACUAUUAUCUCUCUCUUGCUUCUCCUGAGCAGCAGAUCUGUGCCUAGCACUGUACUCUAGUCAUGUCCAGAAAUGCUCUUCUAUAGGUGGGUUUCUUGGCAGCAACAAGGUGAUGCAGCUGAUCUGGCAGCACUAAAAGGUUAAUCCAAACUCUGUUGUGAAUGCCAUUUGGUGCUGAGCUGAAGUAGCAUUCAGGAGGGGGAUGAUUAUGAUGCCCCAGGGGCUGGGAUAUCUUCAGCUGAAGAAAAGGAGUUGUUGUCCAGUGUCAUCACCCCUUCCUCUCAGGCGGCUGGACAGAUGGCUUGGGAGAGAGCCUCUGCUAUUCCUGUGCUUGAGUAGAUGAAGGAAUGGUCCUGUAAAGCUCUGUGAAUGGGAACAGAGGGAGGAAAAAACUAUGCUUUAAAUGUCUUCCCUUUAUAACCCACAAUGUCUCUC